AUGUCUUUCAGAUAUGCUCUGAAAGGCUUUAUCGACUAUCCGGAGCGAUACACUCACGAUGUCAUAUUCUAUGACUCAGAUGUAGUCAUUGUUCGCGACAAGUUCCCCAAAUCGCAGGGGCACUUGUUAGUCAUGCCUAGAGACUCUGACAUUACAGAUCUCGAUCCCACCUUAAUCGAUAAUAAGAUCAAAUCUAAGCUACAACCAGCCAUUGACAGGGCAUUGGAUGUUAUCUACAAAGAGUUUCACGAACGUUAUGGCUUAAAGGAAAGCUCUAGAAAGAAGCCGUUUCUGACAAAUGCCGAGUAUGAGAACAAACAGUAUUUUAUCGACAAUUUCACACAAGUGGGUAUUCAUGGAGCACCUUCAAUGAAUAACCUUCAUGUACAUAUCAUGACUCGAGAUUUCAAGUCUCCUAGCUUAAAAAAUAAGAAGCAUUUUAAUUCGUUUACUACUGAGUUCUUUGUUAAUUGGGUGAAGCUUCCUCUCAACCAAAAACCUGACGAGACUUUUCUGGAAAAAAUUGUCAUCAAGCAAACUGAAAUGAAGUGUGUCUACUGUGGGCAAAAUUUCAAAAACAGGUUCUCAGAACUCAAAUUACAUCUUGACAGAGAAUUCACAAUGAGAUUUGAGAACCGGAAUUGA